AUGACUAAUCGACCCCGGAGGAGCGGCGCAACACAGACAUUCGCUGUCCCUGACGAAGAUGACAUCUAUGACAACUCACCGGCAUCGAUUGCACUAUUGGAAGAGGAGUUUGGGCCUGUAGAAGACACCAACAGCCCCAGCUUCUCCGAUAAUAAUAUCGACGAGACACUCGCCGCCUUCUUCUACGACGCCGACAGCAACAGCAACAGCAUUCUAACAGUAGAGAGCCAGUCUACUGCCCCUUCUACGCCAACGCCUAGGCCCAACACCCCUACUACUUUAACUGGUACGCAAUUUCUUAAGCGGAAGAGACAAAGCAGUACUCCGCACAGAGGCGCAGGGCAGAAGGACAAGACGGUGUGGAAGCACUCACGGCAACGGCUGCCAUACGAGCCUACUAAGGACGAUCAUGGCCAUGAGAUCUUCUACUGCGCAGGUGACAACUGCGAGUGGAAAGGCUCAUCAGGCAAUGCUACUGCGCACCUCCGGAAACAUGCUAUCUUUGUUGGAAGAUAUUCAGCGACCCCUUCUACUAUUGCACAAGCCAACAGCCUGCAGCAAGGGUUUCACAACAUGGCUGCGAAAAAAGCCGAGUUUAAGCAUGAUCAAACAGCAACGGUCCUUCGCAAUGCUGCUCAGAAGCAAGAAUUCCGGAAUGCCCUUGCUCGCUUCGUUACAGCGUGCAGUCUUUCACAUAACUCGGUGGUUUCUAAGGAAUUCCAGGAGCUGAUUCUCACCGUCAACCCUGAGGCGGAUCAUGUAUUACUGGGCUCAAGCAGCUCACUAGUGUCGCGCAUCGUUCGGAACUUCCGCGCUCAGCAGGAGGAGGUUAUCAGGUAUCUCUGCGACGAUACAAUUAGCUGCUUCCAUAUCAGUACUGAUACAUGGAAGACAAUGCAUGGCCACAAACAUUUCCAAGCCGUGAAUGUCCAGUUUGUGGACCAGCAUGGACAGCUUAUUCAGCUGCUUCUUGACCUUGUUGAAGUUGACGGCAAAGAGAGCAAGACUGGAGCCUAUCUUUCUACGCUGCUGAUCCAGACUAUCAAGGACUACAACCUUAGCCCUCGGCUUGGCUGGAUUACCUCUGAUAACGUAGGAGUAAACGACACGCUUGUCCGUGCAAUUGAGGCCUUCAUGCGCACAGAAGGCAUUACUUACUGGACAGAGAAGACACGACGACUCCGUUGCAUUGGCCAUAUUAUCAACCUUGCUACACAGGCCUUUAUGUUUGCAACUAACGAAGAAGCAGCUGAGUUAGCUUAUGAGAGGGCGAAGCUAACACAGCUGGACUCCGAUGGCACAGACAGCUACAGCGUAGUGACUAUGAUAUUGCAGACACUGCUCUUGCAAACCACCCUGCACUAG